CAACAGGGGGACGUGUUUAACCAGUGCACCAAAUUGAUGUUGUAACUUCGUUUCCUGAAUCGGCCGAGGGUCACACAUGAACAAAAAUUCAUUCACUUCACCUAAACCACAUAGCUACAUAUCAGCCAACAAUUAACUUAAGAAAAUGUUCCGAACAUUGUGCCGGACUGGCGGUGCCCUUUUAAUGCAUUCCCAGAGAACAGUGCCCACAGUCCCAGCGUUGUGGGUGACACAAGCCCAGCAGCGAUGGGCGUCCAGUCUGCCCAUGAACACUGUGGUUCUGUUUGUGCCACAACAAGAAUCCUGGGUUGUGGAAAGGAUGGGCCGCUUCCAUCGCAUCUUAGAGCCGGGCUUGAAUUUCCUAAUACCAAUACUGGACAAAAUCCGUUAUGUGCAAAGUCUUAAAGAGAUAGUUAUUGAUGUCCCAGAGCAGUCUGCGGUCUCUUUAGAUAAUGUGACACUACAGAUAGAUGGAGUCCUCUAUCUUAGAAUAUUGGAUCCUUUUAAGGCCAGCUAUGGAGUUGAGGACCCAGAGUAUGCUGUCACCCAACUUGCCCAGACCACCAUGCGGUCAGAGCUGGGAAAACUGACCCUGGACAAAGUAUUCAGGGAAAGAGAGACCCUUAAUACCAACAUAGUCCACUCCAUCAACCAGGCGUCAGAUGAUUGGGGAAUCCGUUGCCUUCGUUAUGAAAUCAAGGAUAUACAUGUUCCACCACGUGUCAAAGAGUCCAUGCAGAUGCAGGUGGAGGCAGAGCGUAAGAAGAGAGCCACUGUGCUGGAGUCUGAAGGUCACAAGGAAGCAGCCAUCAACGUUGCUGAGGGUCGCAAGCAAGCUCAGAUCCUGGCCUCGGAAGGACAGAAAACAGAACAGAUCAACAAAGCAGCUGGUGAGGCCAAUGCUGUCUUAGCCAAAGCAGAGGCCAAAGCUAAGGCUAUCCGGCUGUUGUCAGACGCUCUAGCUGAACAGAAUGGAAACGCUGCAGCUUCCCUCAGUGUGGCUGAGCAAUACGUCUCCGCUUUCUCCAACCUGGCCAAAGAGUCCAACACCAUCCUGCUGCCCUCCAACUCUGGUGACAUCAGUGGCAUGGUCACACAGGCUAUGACUAUUUAUGGCAGCCUGGCUAAGCAGAGCUCAAAAAAGUUAGAAAGUGUGUCCCCAGAGUGGGCGAUGGAGAAGAGUGAGGAGCUUGUACCACCAGCCCAGUAGUGAAGGAUGUCAAGACCACUCAAAGCAGUCACCGAACCGGAAGCAGUGACAGACAACCAUGAGGCGCCAAGGCAUUGUUGCCUGGUCAGCACCACCACUGUCUGGCCCAAAGGACACUGUCUAUCUGUUGAAGAUUGAAGGACAUUGAAACAGGAACAGGAUAAGAACAUAGACUUGUUUAGAGGCCUGGAAACAUCAACCCAUUUUGGAGGAUUCAUGUCACUUACACAUUGUUUAAUUUUGAUUGAGUGUUAUUGCACACAUUACAUACAUAUGUUCCAAUUACAAAUCCACAAGCUGUCAUAUUGGUACUCUUCUCUUGCUUCAAAUACCAAAUGACUGCGAUGAUCGAAAACUAGUAACCUGAUUUAGAGCGUUCUGUUUAAGUGCUGUAUUGUUGUCUUUUAUAUUUCCAACUAUUUGUCCUUCAUAUGUUUUCAUUUCAAUAUGUCAUGAAUGUUUUCCUUCAUGUGAGAGCUUGUGACCUUACAUUAAGAGCCUCCCAGGGUCAGAGCAAGCAGAGGAGGGAAUAAGGUCAGGUAUAUGAAUAGAGGUUAGGAUGCAAUCUUUCCUGGAAUACUUUCAAUUUGGCAGCAUUUAGACGGGCAGACCAUUCUGAUCUUUCUUCUACUAAUUGGUCUUGACCAAUCACAUCAGAUCUUUUUCAGAGCUGAUCUGAUUGGUCAAAAGACCAAUUAAUGAAAAGAAUGAUGCCUGUGUAAAUUAUAAACUACUUCAAGUUAAGUCACCAAAAGUACUUGUAAGAAAAUGACCUUGGAUGGAAAUAGUUUGUUGAAGUGGAAUGUUUUAUUUCACACCAAUACCUAAUGGGAAGGGGCCUCUGUUUUGGAGGAAGGUUUUGCAUAACAUAGCAAGUUUAUUGAUUUAAAUGGCCAAUAUACCGAUAAUGGUCAUCCACGAUGAUACUGUCACUAUUAAAGGAAUUGUGAUUGACUUUAGGGAGGAUUGUAACACCUCAUCACAAUAAAUCUUGGUUUGAAUGAUUUGGAAGUAGA